CAAACAACAAACGACCAGCGGAGGAUGAGGAAACUGGGUGGUGGUUGUGGUUGUUGUUGUGGGAGGUGGGCGUUGGCGAACGAGAACAAGAAGGGCAGCAUGGCUGAUCGUGGUGGUCGUGGUUGUCGUGGUGUGGUGGGUGUCGCAGUGGUGAUGGUAGUAGUGUCGGUAUUGAUGGGAGCCGUGUGUUUGCCGUCGCCGGUGGCUGCCACCUGCAGCUCAGCAUGUCCACCAGGGCAAGGUUGUGGCGCCUCUGGAGAGAUUGGCACGUCCUGUGUGGACUGCGACCCGGGAUUCUGGUCCAGCAGCACAGAUACCACGGCAUGCACCGUCUGUGCAGACUGCACCUUCCUCCCCAACCACUUUGAGGAGGAGGCGUGCACGACAACGUCCGACACAGUGUGCACGGAGUGUCGCACAUGCACGAGCGAGGAGUACAAGACUGCCGACUGCACCGACACCACGGACACUCAGUGCGAGGCAUGCAUUCAGUGUGACUUUGGCGAGGUUGAGUCUCGGGCGUGCGGUGGCUCUGACGGUACACAGAAUCGCGAGUGCCGCGCGUGCUCCGGGAACGAAUACCACGCCCACCCAACCGACACCGCCUGCAGCUUCUGUUCGCAGUGCACCGCUGACCAAUAUGAGGCCGCAACGUGCACUCCCACAUCCGACCGGCAGUGCUUCAACAUCACAACUUGCACAGACGCGCAGUAUGAGACGGUGGCGCCAACAGCGACGAGCGACCGCAACUGCACGGACUGCACAGACACAUGUCCACAGGGGCAAUACAUCGGAGUUCCUUGCUCUGCCUCCGUUGACGCCGCCUGUACGCCGUGCACGACGGUGGACGCGUGUGGCGCCGACGAGUUUCUUGAUGGUUCAUGCGGGGGUCACAGCAACACCGUCUGCCGCAUGUGCACCACCUCGUGUCCGCCAGACCACUACAUUGCAGCCAACUGCACGUCGUACAACGACACCAUGUGCCUUCCGUGUCUGCGUGAUGACGACUGCCCCGACGGACAAGUGGCGCUCGGGUCCUGCUCCCUCCACAGCAACACCUUCUGUGCGCCCACGCCGCCGCCGUCACCGGUCCCGAUUUCCACCGAUGCCACGCCCUCAGAUGAUGCAAUCAACUACAUCACGAAGCAGAACCCGUCCGCGCUCCUCCGCCUCAAGUCCGCGCUGCAGCCGUGCACCACAUGCCAGUCCGCGCCCAUGACGGCAUUUGGAAACGCGCCCCUCAUCCUGGACGUGGACGGCGUGGCAACAGGUGUUGAUGAUGAUGAUGAUCUUCGAGCAUGCGAUGAUGCCAGCGCGAUUGCUGCAAUAUCGGGGUCCCUUUAUUGA